ACGUACAUCGUACAAAAACCAGCAGACAUGUACAUAUCAAAGUACUGUUUGGAGAAUAGACACUAGAGACCGGCAAGAUGCCACGCACGAAGAUCGACUAGGAUUGCAGGUGAAACGUCAACAAGAGACCAGUUCCAAGAACAACAUUACAUACAUGUCUCAAUCCACUUGUACCCACGGUAGUUGAGCACAUGCAUAAAUACCACCCCCUCGCCCUCGGUUGUUGAUUGCGCUGCACACACUGAUUGGAGCUGAGCCACUGAGCGGCGAGCCUCGAUAAAGGAUCAAUGGCCAGCGGCGAGGCAGCAGCAGCACCGUUGCUGGAGAAGAAGUCGGUCUACCGUGAAGGAUGCCCGGGAUGCGCCGUGGAGAGGAGGAAGACUCUGAACCCCGGCGCCCCCUACAAGGAGUUCCUCCACAUCUGGAUCAUCAUCCUCGUCUCAUGUUUACCAAUAUCAUCGCUAUUCCCCUUCUUGUAUUUCAUGAUACGAGAUUUGCACAUUGCCAAAACAGUAGAGGACAUUGGAUUCUAUGCUGGGUUUGUAGGCGCCUCUUAUAUGUUUGGUAGAGCUUUAACAUCCACUGCUUGGGGGAUGGUUGCAGACCGCAUUGGGAGAAAGCCAGUUAUUAUGCUUGGAAUUUUCUCCGUGUUAGUAUACUUCUUUUGUGUUUACAUAAGAAUGAAUUUCGGUACUGGCUACAGGCUUCUAUUCAGUGCUUUGUUCGGCCUAAGUGGGCAUUACUGGAUGGCAAUAUCAACACGAUUUCUUCUUGGUUCUUUGAACGGUGUAAUUGGACCUAUAAGAGCUUAUGCUAUUGAAGUUUGUCGACCAGAGCACCACGCGAUUGCAUUAUCACUUGUUAGCACAGCAUGGGCAAUAGGUCUCAUUGUAGGACCAACGAUUGGCGGAUAUCUUGCACAGCCUACAGAAAAAUAUCCAAAGUUAUUUCCCGUCGGCUCAUUAUUCGGAAGGUUCCCAUAUUUCUUACCUUGUCUGUGUAUAUCAAUCUUCUGCUUUCCUGUUCUAAUAAGCUGCAUUUGGCUCCCGGAGACACUACAUAACCACAACACUGACGAAAAGGAAGAUGAAGCGAGUGAAUCUUUGACUGCAAUUUUUUCUGGUUCAGAAGAGAUUGUCGAGCAUAAUAUUACUUCAACAAGGAAAAAUAAUGUAUUGAAGAACUGGCCAUUGGUGUCAUCUAUCAUUCUGUUUUGUAUCGUGUCCUUUGAUGACAUGGCAUAUUCAGAGAUAUUCUCCUUGUGGGCUGAAAGUGACAGAAAGUACGGUGGGCUAAGUUUCUCGUCUGAGGAUGUUGGUCAAGUUCUUGCAGUUACAGGUGUUAGCAUUCUUGUAUACCAAACAUUUCUUUUUCCCCGUAUUAUCAGAGUUCUGGGACCAGUCAAUACUUCUCGUGUUGCCAUUAGUCUUUCUAUGGUGCUUCUGUUUACAUUUGCACCAAUCACACAUCUCUCAAGACCUUGGUCAUCCAUAGCAGUAAAUAUUGCAUCGAUUCUUAAAAAUAAUUUUCUCAUUACCAUUGUUACUAGUUCAUUCAUUCUUCAGAAUAAUUCUGUGACUCAAGAUCAAAGAGCAACUGCAAAUGGUUUAGCCACCACUUUAAUGUCCUUCUGUAAGACAUUCGCUCCAGCAGGAGCUGGAAUUGUGUUUUCCUGGGCACAGAAACGCCAACAUGUUUUGUUUUUUCCAGGUGACCAGAUGCUGUUUUUUCUUUUGGCGAUUGUCGAGCUUGUGGGACUUGUUUGGACAUUCAAGCCGUUUCUUGUCGUCCCUGAUCAAUUUUCAUCAUAUUAGCACUCUGAAUUUGUACGUGUUAUUAUGAGUGCGGAAUCUGUAUCGUACUCUUCUUACAAAUUUAUAUCCAUUGUUUGGCAGUAUACGCACUCCGAAUAGGGCUGCAAUGUAAUUACACUGAUUAGGAUUGCAAAGCAGCUGAAAUAAGCAAGAACCAUUUUCAAGUACCA